AGCGUUCGAGGACGUCGUCAGGCCAAGGAAACUAAGGAAGAAGGAUCAACUGCGACUCCGAAACGAACAGCGGGACGCGGUAAAAUCCUAUCAUCUCAAGAAGUUGUCGAGAACCAAGAAACAGCGCCGGUGGAUGAAAAACCGAAAUCUGUCGCCAAAUCUCGUGGAAAACGCGUUGCUGAAAAAGUGGAAGUGAUAGAAAGUGCUCCUUCACCACCGAAGAAAUCUCGUGGCCGAGGUAAAAAACAAGCACAGAAGCAAGAAGAGCAAGUUGUUGCUGAAACUGAAGUGAUCGUCGAGGUAGAAUCAAAGGCCAACAAAAAAAGUCGCGGGAAAAACGCACCAGCUGCGUCCAACGGAAUUCUUUGGGGACAUGGACGGGGACUCCGUCAGGCAGAAGUUGAGACUAUUUCUCCAAAGGGCAAACGAGGGCGAGGUCGAAAGCGAAAUGCUCCAACUGCAGCCGAAGAACCACAGGUUUCUGAGGAGCCCCCAGCGGUAUCUCCCCCAAAACGCGGACGAGCCAAGGUCAAGAAAGAAGCUGUGCCAUCCACGCCGAAAGAAAUGCCUGUUGCAGAUGAAAAAUCUGCAAAGAGGGAUCACAAUGCUGGGACGAUCGAGGAAAGCGUUGAGCUUCAAGAUACUGAGACACAGCCGCCGUCAAGACGAGGUCGUCGAGGUCCAGCCAAGUCUGAGACCGUAGAAAAUGAGGCUUCGGAAACGCCUGCGAAACGUGGUCGUCGAGGGCGUGCGGCCAAAGCUGCUGUCCCGAAUGACAUGGAUGAGCAAGAGAUUACCCCGCUUCAAAGAAGCGUCUUUAGAGCUUCUCCUCGACGACUCCGUGGGCCCGGAAACGAUUGUAUUGAUGCCGAGCCGCAGCCCGUGAAAGACGCCACUCCCGCGAAACGUGGUAGACCCGGAGCGAAGGCGAAAGCGAACAUUGCAGAUGUUGUCACCGAUGCUACCGUUGAUGGACAAAGCGGGGAAGAAUCUGCCCAAUCGAAGAAAGCUACGCCAGCGAAGCGUGGUAGACCUGCUGGCAAAGCUAAAGCUCUUGCUACUGAUCAUGGUGUUUCGGAGGAAAAUACAGAACAUCCGCUGCAAAUUAAGGAAGCCACGCCGGCAAAGCGUGGGCGAGGUGCUGGUAAAGCGAAAGCUCAGGCAACUGUUCCAGAGGAAUCUGCAGAACCACAGCCCGUUAAAGAAGCAACACCAGCGAAACGUGGGAGACCUGCUGGCAAAGCUAAAGCUCAAUCAACUGAUGUUGGUGUUACGGAGGACGGUGCAGAAAAUCCGCCCAGCGUUAAGAAACCGACCCCGGCGAAACGUGGGAGAGCUGCUGCAAAGACGAAGGGAAUUUCUGUCGAGUCCAUUCCUGUCGAAGAAGCAGUACCUGCAAGUUCUCCAGUAUCCUCUAAAGGAAGGAAGAAGCGCGCUGAACGUGAAGCGUCCAAGAUGGUAGUGCAUGAAGCAGCAGCAGAGCUGUUCUUGACUGAAGCAGGACUUUCAAUGGUCUUGGAUCCAGUAUCAACAGCAGUCAUCACGAGGAAAUCGAGAGUAGAAUGUGCUGCCGUGUGUUUCAUGAGGACCAACUGCUCCGCGUUGAUGUUUGUUGAGAUGAAAUCGGAGUGCAAACUCUACGAGAUGGCGCCACAUGCGGCUUGGGCCAACACAGGAGAUGCUGCAAUGAACAACAAUAACACCUUGGGAAAAAUGACUGAGUUAUGCAAAGCAUUCAGUGUCACGCCUCGAAAAACGUUUACAGACAGAGUCUUGUGCAGGAUCCCAGCUCCUGAAAAUAAUUACUGGGAGCCUCAUCAAGAGACCCAAUUGUAUUUCGAGCCUCCAGCAGUUCCGAACCUACAGGAAGUUCACUUGGCAAAGGAUGGAGAUUUCUACAAAAUUUCACAAGCUCCCCCCGAUUUGCUGACAAUUCCUGCUCAUCUGAAGAAAUGCGAAUUUUUUGGAGGAGCAAUCGCACCCAUGUAUCCCAAGAAACGAAGAACUGCCUUGGAAGAAAUGAUUUUGGAGAAAUACCCCCAGUCCAGCAGUCUGGGCUGGCAAACCGCUGCUGCGGGCAUGGGGACAUCUAAUGGAACACUCUUGAUUCCUGCUAUCGGAAUAAGCAUAAAACCAUCUCUGUCAGACCCUGACCAAGUAUGGUUCAACAAUACCUUACCUACCAUCCAGAACAACGGUUGUUACUCACUUAAAUUCAAUGGCGGAAGUGUUGCAUGGGACAAUGCCAGUCAGUGCAACACGAAUGUCUCUGGAAUUUGCCUUUUGUCGAGAAACCCAUACAAGUUCUGGACCAAUGCUGAGCUGGAAAAUCCGAGCUUGAGUGUUUUGGUGAACACUAAUUCUGAAUGCGCGAGAUUGUGCAAACAGAGAAAAGUUGGCAGAUGCCGCGGAUUCAGCACUGAGCAAAUAUCAAACGGGAGCGUGUUGUGCAAAUUGCCCGCAUUUGGCGAAAUUUACUGGACUGCAAAAUCUUCUGCGAAGCUUCACUUUUUUUCGCCGCCCGCUGAAGCCAUACCAUCUGGUUUCACUCAAGCUGAAGACGGGGGUUAUUACAAAAUAGGAACCUCUGCAUCUGGACUAAGCCAACAAGAUGCCAUUAAUGCUUGUCAGGCAAUGGGUGGAACCACUUUGGCUUUUCCUUAUCCCAGGAAACGGGCAGAAAAGAUCUCCAAGAUGAUGCAAAAUGUCGGAGUCUCACAUUCGGGCCAGUUGAAACUCGUCCCAAACGCAAGUGACCCGCACCAGGUUUGGCCCGACUCAUCAUCGUCGUCUGCAAUGCUGCUGAGUUCUGUCACACCAUCAUUUUGCAUCACUCUCAACACAAACACCUCACCAGCAUCAGCAUCCCCAUUUUGGAAUUUCGUCAACUGCUCAUCGACGAUCAUCACAUCGUAUAUCUGCGAGGCCAGUCCACCUUACUUCCAGAUCCCAUCAACAAAGCGUUGGUUCCGCAUCUCCAGGCAUCCCAAGGUGUAUCACAGUGGCACCAGCAUGUCCGCCGAUUGGUAUUGUCGACGAGAUGGCGGCACUUUGGCACCCACAUUCGGACCGACAGGGUUGCCAACUUUGUCAAAUGCCUUGUCUCUGGUCUUGGGAACGACUUUUGGUGAGGUGUUUGCUUGCGGAGAUGACUUGGAAAGGGAGGGCAUUUGGUCCAUGUGUGGAACAACAAUUGAUCCCAGUCUCAAAGCCACUCAAACGGAUCAGCAAUUCUGGGGACCCAACAAUCCAGGUGGGGGGAUCGUGGAAAACUUCUUGUCCCUGACUUAUUCAGCGCCCAGAUCCACGUACGUGUGGAACGAUCUUUACGCAUCUCAACGUCCAUACAUGUGUGAACUU